CGUUUUUUUGGGUCAAAGGUUGAUCCAUCAGCUGGUCAGGAAGUCGCAGUGCAUCUGGGCUGACCUGGUCAACUUUUUAGCGAUCUAUGACACUUUGCAUCAACGUUGCGUCAUUCAGAAGGACAUAAGGACGCGUAAUUAAGUAAGAGAUUGCAUAGAUACAGCCAGAAACAACCGACUAGUCACUAGAACGAAAGAAGAAGCAGCUUAGGAGCACGCGUGUGGUUGAUCGAUCAUCAGUCGGUCUGACCCUGCAGAGACACAAUGCAUUACCCGCUGGUUAUCAACACCUGCCUGUCCGCCCUGGGCAUGCUGGUCACUCUCAAAGUCAUCCCCCAGUUCGGAGAAGUUUUCAUGAAGGCUGGCUUCAAGGGGAAGGAUCUCAACAAGGCUGUUCAAAAGGAGAUCCCAGAGUCUGCAGGGAUGAUAAGUGGUGCCAUGUUCCUGAUCAUCAUGUUCCUGUUCAUCCCCUUCCCCUUCCUGGAGUACUGGGUGUCAGUCAAGCCACAGGCACACCACGAGUUCCCGCAUGCAGAUUUUGUAGAGUUUUUGGGCGCAUUGUUGUCCAUCUCCUGUAUGAUAUUCCUGGGGUUUGUGGAUGACGCGCUGUCCCUGAAGUGGCGACACAAGCUGUGGCUGCCCACCAUCGCCUCACUGCCCCUCCUCAUGGUCUACUUCACUACAUUCGACCUGACAACCAUCAUUGUUCCAAAGCCGUUCAGACCCUUCUUGGGAUUGUCCAUCGAUCUGAGCCUGCUGUACUAUGUCUACAUGGGCAUGUUGGCUGUGUUCUGCACCAACGCUAUAAAUAUCCUGGCUGGUAUCAACGGUGUGGAGACUGGGCAGUCACUGAUCAUUGGGCUGUCAAUUACCCUCUUCAAUCUACUGGAACUCUCAGGUGACUUCAGUGAAGACCACAUCUUUUCCCUCUACUUCAUGAUUCCAUUUUGUGCUGUAUCCUUUGCUCUUUUAUACUACAACUGGUAUCCAUCCCAAGUGUUUGUGGGAGACACCUUCUGCUACUUUGCUGGGAUGACGUUCGCCGUGGUGGGCAUCUUGUCUCACUUCAGCAAGACCAUGCUGCUCUUCUUCAUCCCCCAGAUCUUGAACUUCCUCUACUCGUGUCCGCAGCUCUUCAGACUUGUGCCCUGUCCUCGGCACAGGCUCCCACGGUUUGAUGCUAAGACAGGGAAGCUUGGAAUGAGCUACUCCAGAUUCAAAACCUCUGAGCUGAACAGCAUCGGUGCACUGAUCCUAAAGGUGUGCAGCAUCUUCCACAUCGCUGAUGUCAGAUCAGGGGUUGGGGAGGACAAGCAGUACACAGAGUGCAGCAACUUGACCCUAAUCAACUUUGUCCUGUAUGUCCUUGGACCGACUCAUGAGAGAACACUAACCAUCUACCUCCUCACUAUCCAGGUACUUGGCAGUAUGGCAGCUUUCUUUAUCAGAUACCAGCUGGCCAAGAUCUUCUAUGAUGUAUAAGAUUAAUAAUCUGUCAGCUAAAAUGUUAGUCUACCAUGUUCUGACAGCAAUAGUAGAAAAUAUACUCUGAUACUGCUCCAGUUAUUCUAAAAUGGUGGAAAUGUUGACAGAUUUCUAGUGGUGACACAGGUUCCUCCUUUGGUACAUUGUGUGUACUUUCUCUACAGAAUCAUAGCAAAUGAGAAUGGUAAGGAAAAAAAGAUUAUGUAAUGUUUCACAGCUGGUGUAUGAAUCAUGAAAAACGAUUAUGUUUAAAGUACCGCUAGUUCGCCUUUAUUCGAGGGUAACCUAUAUUCGCUGUUCUUAAAAACAGGGUAUUUGGGGAUAUCAAGUUGAUGGACGGUGUUGCAAUUUGCUUUCUUUUCCAACAAUUUUGCAGUUUAGAAUCAUCGACUUGAUAUAAAGUCUGUGGAUCCCUAAAUUU